AUGUUUCCCCUGUGCUCGGCCGCAAGCUGCCAUUACCAUUCUCAGAUUCUGUUUCAUGGAAACUGGCGAGGCUCUUCUUCCUUGAAGAGAGAGUCCAUUCACAGAUGCGAUUCUGGUGACAAGGCCUUCUUUGGUAUCUCUAAUGGAGUCCACAUGCAUAAGGUCUGCGGGAUCCGAGCCACGGGUCGUUUCUUCACAGGGACUUUAGAAAACACAGAACAACCAGUGUCCACCGAUUUAUUAAGAAGCUUUCACUACACGGUCUAUGACACAAGAGAAGGUGUUGUACCAAGUGAUCUUUUUCUUGUAAGCAAUGAGGGACUUGCAUCUGUAGAAAGCGCACCAGAUGUUUCCCCUGCUGAUACUAUUGCUGCUGAGACGUUAACCGGAAACAGCAGUAGCGUUACAGUCACGGUUGAGCCAGGAACAGUAUCAACCGUUGAUACUUCUGUCGCUGUGACUGAUCCCGGUUCAGUUCCUGAUGCUAAAGCUAGCUUUGAUGAAUUUUCUUCUGGGGUCAAGGAGUCCUUCAGCUCUUCGCUAGACCAAGGAGAGAACGCUGUAAAGAGCACUUUGGAUUCCUUCUCAUCGUCCGUGACAUCCAUUACAAAGAGUGCUUCUGAAGCUGUAGACAGUGCAUUUGACAGUGCGUUUUCUACUCUAGACCAGACGGGAGAUAUAGCUGGAGAUAAGUUUUCGAGCUUUUCCACUGGCUUGAAAGAAGUUUCAAACAGAGCAGCUUCUGUGGCCAUCGAUCUGUUGAGGCAAUCAGUUAGUGUUGCAGAGAGUUCUGUAUCAAAUGGAGUUUCCUUUGUCGUGUACUCUUAUGAGUCAGCGAAGGAAUUACUUCCUUCAGAUGUUAAGAGUGUGCUUACCUCAUCAGAAGAUAUCGCUCUCAAAGUAACGAGGCCCUUGGGAGCUGUGUUGCAGCAGGUGUAUGUUGCCAUUGGAGGUUUGGAGAGAUAUUUCGGCUUGGAUCCUGAUGAUCCAAUCAUCCACCUUUUUCUCUUCGUAGGCACCACAGGAAGCUUUUGGGCUCUAUAUCGGGUUUGGACAUAUGGUGGGUAUGCUGGAGAUUUAUCUGCAAAAUCAACUCUUGAGCUUUUAACAUCAACAGAAAAGCCAGUGCUCGUAGAUGUCAGGCCUGAAGCCUUGAGAGAGAAAGAUGGAAUCCCUGAUCUGCGUAGAGCAGCUCGUUCUCGAUAUUCAAGUGUGACACUGCCCGAGGUUGACGGUGCUGUUAAGCGGCUACUGAAAGGUGGGAGUGAAGUUGAUGAUGUCUUGACGGCGGUUAUCAUCAAGAACUUGAAAGCAGUUCAGGACAGGUCCAAGGUUAUUGUUAUGGAUGCUGAUGGAACACGCUCUAAGGGCAUUGCAAGAGCCCUGAGAAAACUUGGGAUUAAGGCAAGUGGGUAUAGAUCAUGGGUUAAGGAAGGUCUACGUGUGAAAGAGCCGAAACCUGAGACAACACUUACAAUCCUCAACGAGGAUGCUGAGGCGAUUCUUGAGGACAUUAAUCCUACUCCAUUGCAAGUAGUUGGAGUUGGUGUGGGGUUCUUCGCAGCAUUGUAUGCUUUGUUUGAGUGGGAGAAGACACUGCAACUCAUAGCUGUCUUGGGCCUCGGUUUGACUGUAUACAACCGACUUUCUUCAUAUGAUGACUCCGAAGACUUCAAGCAAGACGUCAGGCUGUUGUUCGCACCGGUGAAGCUUGGAGCUCAGGCUGUCUCAUGGGCUGCAGGAAAACUUGAGACGAACGGUGUUGGCCUCCCAACUUCACCUUCUUCCUCAGAUGUUCGAAGCCGGGUUUUGCAGGCUGCUGCGAAGCAUGAAUCUCAACCGUCUGAUGAAACUUCUGAAGGUCUCCAAGAUGCAUCAACGUCAUCUCCAGAAGAAGCUUUGGACAACGUUGAUCUCUCAGAAGCGUAA